ACUUCAGGCUGCCAUCUGACCCUGGUUUCUUGGAGUGCCGUCGUACUCAAGGGAACCAUGCAUUCCAAACAUUAUUAUUUCCUUGCACAAAUACAAACUGUAGCGUGGCCAGGAAUCGCCGGCAACUUGUGCGCUUGCACUGAAAACAAAACACUGGAAGGAUGUUACUUUUCCUGGUCAUUUCGUCUGUGAUUUCGAUUGAACUGUGAUGUUUCCACAUAAUGGGUCAUCUGUACAGCGGUUAGAUGAAAGAUUACUUUGAUCAAACUGCUGCAAUUUGCGAUCCUCGCUCUGUCUAUCCCUGAUUGGAAUGCGAGAGGAGAAUGGGGAGGAACCGAUUUGUCUAUCCAGAAUGGAUAUAACCUCAACAACUUUUGCUGCGCCGAACUCAUCAGAGGAUACGAAUUCCACGAGUGCCCCGAGGCCUCUGCCUCACUCCCAGAGCGCGGCCGUCUUCAUCGUGCUCAUGGUCACUGUUAUCAUUCUGGUGACGAUCGUGGGAAAUGUACUGGUUGUGGUGGCCGUUUUCACCAGCCGUGCGCUCCGUGCGCCGCAGAAUCUCUUCCUUGUCUCCUUGGCAUCGGCAGAUAUCUUAGUGGCUACCUUGGUCAUACCUUUCUCCCUCGCCAACGAGGUCAUGGGUUACUGGUACUUUGGGAGCACCUGGUGUGCCUUCUACCUGGCCCUUGACGUCCUCUUCUGCACGUCCUCCAUUGUGCACCUCUGCGCCAUAAGCCUGGACAGGUACUGGUCUGUAACCAAAGCUGUUAGCUAUAACCUGAAGAGGACGCCAAAGCGUAUUAAGUGUAUGAUCACCGUGGUCUGGGUCAUAUCUGCGGUCAUCUCUUUCCCACCGUUGCUUAUGACCAAACACGACGAGCACGAGUGCUUGCUCAACAACGAAACAUGGUAUAUUCUCUCGUCUUGCCUGGUCUCAUUUUUCGCCCCUGGACUAAUCAUGAUUCUGGUGUAUUGUAAAAUAUAUAGAGUGGCCAAGCAGCGCGCAUCGACCGUGUUUGCGGCCAAGAACGGGAUGGAGAGACAGCCUUUGGAGUCGGAAACUUGCUUUGUGCCCAGGGGGAAAUUUGAGGUGGAGAGCCCCAGCAGCCCCAGUUUAGGUGGCCACCCACGGAAAGGAGAGCUGGACGAUAUAGACCUGGAAGAGACCUGUGCCCCCGAUAGCAAACCCAAGAAAUGCCACUUCUCCAAGAGAGGGAAAGUGGAGGGUGCGAACACGUUCACAAAACAGAGUUGCCGCGCGCCAUCGGCUUCGAAACGCAACGCACAGCUCUCUCAGGAGCAAAGGACGAGACAGAUGUCACUGUCAAAGACAAAACUGGCACAGAUGCGUGAAAAGCGCUUUACAUUUGUCCUUGCAGUGGUGAUGGGGGUGUUUGUACUCUGCUGGUUCCCAUUCUUUUUUACAUACAGUCUGCACGCAAUAUGCAGAGAUAGUUGCCCGAUUCCGGAUGCUCUCUUCAAUCUGUUUUUCUGGAUUGGUUACUGUAACAGUUCAGUGAACCCUAUAAUUUAUACAAUAUUUAAUCGCGAUUUUCGGAGAUCUUUCAAAAAGAUCAUAUGCCAGACUUCACACACAUAACGUUUAUUUCAAUCCCCCCCCCUCCGUGUGUGUCUCUGUGUCUGUGUGUCUGUCUGUGUGUCUGUCUGUCUGUGUGUCUGUCUGUCUGUCUGUCUGUCUGUCUGUCUGUCUGUCUGUCUGUCUGUCUGUGUGAAUGAAUGAAUAAAAUAGAGAGAGGAAGGAGUGAGUGCCUGCUUACGUUCUGUUGCGUUUAGUAUCUGUCAAUUGAUUAGCCUACUUAGGGGAUGUGUAACACUUGUUUGUAGAAUACUGCAAUACUAUUUUUUUUUAAAUUUAACCUACUUUUUACGUCUUGUAACAUGGACUUCAAAUUUGAAGAACUGAGUUUGUAACCUUCAGAUGAUGUUUCUGUGUACUUAAAUGUAUCAGUUUGAAAAUCCUAAUUGGCAUAUUUGAUAACUAAAAGCAAAUAUCGGUACCAGUAUCUGAUCUACAUAUUAGAGAAGCAUGAGUCAGCCUGCACUGCUAUGCUUUUAGGUGUUGUUCAUUUCGCAGUGUGCUGUUAAUAAUACAUUAAAGGGUGAGAAGGGCUUACCAAGAAACAUUUCCAAAAGGUCUAAUUUGAGGUGAAAAGGAGUUGGAGUACAGCCUUAUUCUAAAAUGUAUUUUAAAAAAUGAUCAUAAAUCUACACACAAUACCACAUAAUGACAAAGCAAAACCGUUUUUUAGAAAUCAUUACAAAUGUAUUUCAAAUAAAAAAACAGAUAUACCUUAUUUACAUAAGUAAUCAGACCCUUUGCUAUGAGACUCGAAAUUGAGGUCACGUGCAUCCUGUUUCCAUUGAUCUUCUUUGAGAUGUUUCUACAACUUGAUUGAAGUCCACCUGUGGUAAAUUCAAUUGAUUGGAUAUGAUUUGGAAAGGCACGCACCUCUCUAUAUAAGUUCCCACAGUUGAAGGGGGAGAAGGGCCUUGGUCAAGGAGGUGGCCAAGAACCCAAUGGCCACUCUGACAGAGCUCCAGAGUUCCUCUGUGGAGAUGGGAGAACCUUCCAGAAGGACAACCAUCUCUGCGGCACUCCACCAAUCAGGCCUUUAUACUGUAGUACAGUGGCCAGAUGUAAGCCACUCCUCAGUAAAAGGCACAUGACAGCCUGCUUGGAGUUUGCCAAAAUGCACCUAAAGGACUCUUAGACCAUGAGAAACAAGAUUCUCUGGUCUUUGACCUGAAUGCCACGCGUCAUGUCUGGAGGAAACCUGACACCAUCACUACGGCGAAGCAUGGUGGUGGCAGCAUUGUGCUUAUGGGGAUGUUUUUCAGCGGCAGGGACUGGGAGACUAGUCAGGAUCGGUGGAAAGAUGAACGGCACAGAGUAUAGAGGGAUCCUUGAUGACAACCUGCUCCAGAGAGCUCAGGACCUCAGACUGGGGCCAAGGUUCACCUUCCAACAGGACAACGACCCUAAGCACACAGCCAAGACAACGCAGGAGUGGCUUCGGGACAAGUCUCUGAAUGUCUUUGAGUUGUCCAGCCAGAGCCCGGACUUGAACCAGAUCGAACAUCUCUGGAGAGACCUGAAAAUAGCUGUGCAGCAACACUCACCAUCCAAUCUGACAGAGCUUGAGAGGACCUGCAGAGAAGAAUGGGAGAAACUCCCGAAAUACAGUUGUACCUGGCUUGUAGCGUCCUACCCAAGAAGAUUCGAGGCUUUAAUCGCUGCUAAAGGUGCUUCCAUUUACUUAUGUAAAUGUGAUAUUUCAGUUUAUUGUUUUUAAUAAAUUAGCCCAAAAAUUCUACAAACCUGUUUUUUAAUUUGUCUUUACGCGGUAUUGUGUUUAGAUUGAUUUUAGAAUAAGGCUGUAAUGUAACAAAAUGUUUAAAAAGUCAAGGGGUCUGAAUACUUUACAAAUGCACUGUAUAUAGUGUAAAUUAAACAGACAUUUUGGACUUCUAAACAAGUAGUGAUUUAGCACAACAGAGAGUUACCGCAAGUCUCAAAUAAAAUAGGAGCUGCCUUCACUAUUCCAGCACCAUUUCAACUACAACAUUUCAACAUUAUCUCAUGCUUGCUCACUAGCCUAACUUCCUUUCAUGGGCAACGAUGCGCCAGGCCAGCUAGUUAUGAUUAACAUACUACAUCUAGCUACAUGUUGAACUUCCAACCUCUUAGGCCAGGGCACAAUGUAUUAAUUUAUGAUUGGAUCAGAAUCACAGUUAUAAUCAUUGGCCAGUACGGAGAAUUAAGUAAAACCACAAGUCCAAAUCCCUAUCUUCAUCCAUGGCUGUUGGCUAAUUUAGGAAAGGGACUAUUUUAGCUAGUUAGCUAGCCAUCGUAGGACAACGACACAACGAGAUGCAGCAAUUCAAUUUUUUUUCUGUCAAUGAUGUUUGGCUUCUGAUGUGUUGUGAUUGGUCUGAAGCCAAAUCCAAACCGGCUUUCCUUUCGUUGAAUGCUACAGGCGGCAACAAUGGCAUGCUCUAUUUGACCAGACGGCAUCAGAUAAAUACACUACACAUACUGAGACAGAGGGGUGCUGUUUCGUUUACUCGGAUGCUUUCUCCGGUGAGAUACUGUCACGCCCUGACCUUAGAGAUCCUUAUUUAUUCUCUAUGUUUGGUUAGGUCAGGGUGUGACUCGGGUGGGAAAAUCUAUGUUUUCUAUUUCUUUGUUGUUUUUGCCUAGUGUGGUUCCCAAUCAGAGGCAGCUGUCUAUCGUUGUCUCUGAUUGGGGAUCAUAUAUAAGUUGUCAUUUUCCAUUUGGGUUUUGUGGGGUGUUGUUUUCCGUUUAGUAUCUGUGCCUGAUGGAACUGAGGGAUUCUUGACAAUAAAGAUCAUGAACACUUUCCACGCUGCGUUUUGGUCCACUCUUCCUUACGACAACGAGCGUUACAGAUACAUUCAGCUUCUUACGUAUUGAAGGACAUUUAUGAAAUAGAGAGAGACGAAAGAUCAAUUAUUUUGUAUGUUUUUUUCUUGGUACAUUUUAUUGUGAAGCCUGGCUUCCUUUGGCAUCCACAAAUACACGCCACCGAUUAGUCUUUAUGUCAACAUAAUUGUGUUUUGAUGUAUUUCUGCUACAUUUUAAGACUUUUCUGGUAGAUGUUUUCGAAGACACCUUUUCCAUCUGUUUGUCCAGAGAUCAAAGCUUAUACUUAUGCCUAAUGUUAAGAUGGAAAAUGGUUGAAAAUUAUAUCUAUGCCUACAUUUCCCUUAUUUGACACCCAAUUUGAUAUGCUCCUAUGAACUUCAUGUUGGUGCUCAUGGGUAAUUUUCAAUGGAAAAUGCCCCUUGGCUAAAGCCAUAUUGGUCCAAUAUCAUAUGUUUUGUCACAUCUCUUUGAGAACAAAAAUCAUACCCAAUAGUUGAUUCACAGCUGCCUAUUUACACUCUGUAUCAUUUGUUUGCAAUUGCAAAU